AUGAGUGAAGACCAUACACCUGAAUCUGAAUUCGACAGGUUUGUUGAGACCAUCCGCCUGGAUGAGCUCUGUGCUACUGCCUCCCGCUCUCGAAAUGGGAUCUCCUGCUCUUUGGGCAAUCAUACAAUUGGAGGAUUCAAUGUUGUUUACGAGCUAAAUUUCUCGGACGGGAUCGUUUGGGUUGCACGCAUACCCCUUCCGUAUAACUGCUAUCAACCAGAAGAGAUGUCUGUCUCAUAUGCUGCGACUUUGAAAUACAUCAAAAAGAAUAGCACUAUGCCUGUGCCUAAAGUAUAUGCGUACGAUGUACAAUCUGCUCCAGAAAAUAAAGUCAAAGCCACAUACAUACUUAUGGAACGACUUUCUGGUCAUGCAUUACCUACUUUAGAACGUACAGAUUUCGAGCCUAGUGAGGAGGAACUACGUUUGGUAACAAAAAUUCAUACGCAAUUGACAGAUAUCAUCUUGCAGUUAGCAUCUCUAAAAUUCGAUAAAAUCGGCUCCUUGCGAGAAAAUCCAGACGGAGAAUUCUUUGUAGCUCCAUAUACAGAGACCAACGCCACUGCCUAUCCGCAAUACAAGGCCAUAGCAUACAAUAAGCUCAGUCCGCAACACAAAGGUCCAUUCUCGUCUGUAUUGGAAUGGUACAAUGCCAUCGCAGAACUCAAUCGCAAAUAUGCACUGGGGGAUCCUGACGAAGAAGAAGACAGAGACGAAACAGUUGCUGAUUAUGAGCUUCUGGCGGAGCUUGCAGAGCAUUUUGUCGUUCCGGAGUUUGCGAAUGGGCCUUUUGUGAUUAACCAUAAUGAUCUUACAAUUCAGAAUAUUCUGGUCGACGAUGAUCUGAAUAUCACCGGCAUUCUCGACUUUCCAGGCACAAUCGUCCCACUUCCUUCACUUUGCGUCUACCCCUGGCUAUUCAGCGACAACAUAAGUGGGCUGGUCACUGAUCGGAGUAUUUUCCUUGACAUAUUCAUCAGCCGCGACUGUCAAUCGUCGUUCCCUUCGUCAGCUUUACUCUCUACACAAGUACGGAAGGAUCUAAUGACAACUGCUGAAGCCCGUCAAAGCUUCGAAUUGGGUCUUAUGGGUCCAUAUACGUCGCUGGUUCUCCCUCGUUUGUAUAAAGAAAUAAAUAAGCAGCCCUUUGAUUCGGAGCGUGAGUAUCAACGAGUCGUCGAUACACGGGGGUGGUUUAGGGACCUUGUCCUAACGGGUGAGGAUGGGUUGUAUUCCUGGCAGAGAGCAGAGUAA